UGUGCCUGUCGUGCCUGUCUUUGUUCAUCACGUAUAUUAUGCGUGGACUUUAUCAGUGUUCUGCGAUCUUCUGGUGUACACACUACUUAACAGCGAUAUUGAUUUGUCUUUCUGUUAUUUUUAGUCCCUCGUUUCCAGCUAAUGUGUCAGAAAUGGCGAUCGUUCCGUACGAUUCCUCAGCAAUCUUUCUAAGUGCAUUCCACGCCAAAGAAAGAAGUUUCGAAUUCGGUGGGAGAACCCUCACAAUCUUUCAAAAUUGGAACGAUGUUGGUGUUGCAGCUGUCGUUUGGGAUGCAGCAAUCGUUCUUGGUCAUUAUCUUGAGAAGAUUGUCGCUCAACUUCAUGGGAAGAAAGUGAUAGAACUUGGCGCCGGAACUGGGUUCGCCGGUAUUGUGGCAAGUUUGCUCGGAGGAAAUGUGACUAUUACUGACCGAAAAAUGGCCCUAAACGUUACGAGAAUGAACGUGGAGGGAAAUUUGGGCAAAAAUCAAGAUUCUGUAGAAAUAAAGGAGCUUGAAUGGGGACAAGACGUUUCAUCUUUCUCGCCACCUUUUGAUUUUGUACUAGGAGCAGACAUUGUUUACAUUGAGGAGACAUUCAACGAUUUACUGAAGACUCUGCAAGACCUUUGUGAUGAAAAUUCAGUUGUUUUAAUGUCAUGUAAGAUACGUUAUGAUAGAGAUAAACGGUUUUUUGAACUUCUUUCGAAGCACUUCUUGCAUGAAACCGUUCUGUACGAUCAAGAACUAGACAUAGUUGUUUAUCAAGCAAAAAAGAUCAAAUUUAAGCCUUAACACUUUGUACAAUUAUGGUGAAAUUUGGUUUCUCAAAUGGUUUUGCACCAAGCAAGUCACCAAACAUAUCGCAAAAGUUGGGCAAAAACCUCUUCUUCAAACGUGUUCAUUUCUUGUGAUCAUAUUUAUAUUUUAUUUGACUGCAAGUAGGCCAUAUUGCAGAUUAUUUUUAACAAUCAUGCUUUACACUCACUUGAUUUAUCCGGGUAGCUGCCUGCAAGCUGCUUUCUGCUGGUAUUCAAAAGAAUAAAGAAGAAGGAAAUGC